GAACAGGUAUAAAAGGCAGAAGGGCAACAGCAGAGGCUUCAGUCCUUUACUCUACUCUCGUUCACCACGAUCAUGAGGAUCAAGGUGGCGGUCCUUGUGGUGGCCCUGGCCACUUGUGGGCUGGGGGCCAAGCUGCCUUCAUACUCCGACCACGACUCCCAGGAGAUCGUCUCUCGAACCGUGAGUGUAAAAACACCAGAGAGAAAAUCCAACGUUAUAUCGCACUUCACCCCUGCUGACCAUAGCUACGAAGCAACUGGGAGUGUUGUCAUCACCAGAGGUGAAGAUGCUUCCCCAAGACAAACUUUACCCGAGCCUCAAGCGCCUGUCCGUGUGGCCCCUCCCACCCGUAAGACACAGUCAAGACCAACUUCUUCCUCCCGAGCCUCCGAGUUGGCUCUCACCCGUACCGUCUCCGUCAAGACACCCGAGAGAGUCUCCGGUGUCAUCAACCACUUCACUCCCGCCGACCACAGGUACGAGGCCACAGGAUCUGUCACCAUCAGCAGGGCUUCAUCUAGUCGAGCCUCUUCCAGUGAAUCCAAGGAAGCAAGAGUUAAGUUUACCCCUGCCCCUGUUGCCCCUGCACGUCCCCGUCAAGUCUAUGUAGCUCGACCUUCAAAGACUGCUUCGUCGUCUUCGUCAGCUUCUCAGUUGGCUCUCACCCGUACCGUCUCCGUCAAGACACCCGAGAGAGUCUCUGGUGUUAUCAACCACUUCACUCCCGCCGACCACAGGUACGAGGCCACAGGAUCUGUCACCAUCAACAGGGGCUCAACAGGCAGUGGGAGAGCUGUUUCUUCAGGUCCCGCAAGAACUGUACCUGUCUUCGUGCGUCCUGCUACUGAUCCUGUACGUCCUGCAGUUGUACGUCAGCCUGCCCGACCUGCACUUCCCUCAGCUUCUCAGUUGGCUCUCACCCGUACCGUCUCCGUCAAGACACCCGAGAGAGUCUCCGGUGUCAUCAACCACUUCACUCCCGCCGACCACAGGUACGAGGCCACAGGAUCUGUCACCAUCAGCAGGGCUUCUCAAGGUUCUUCAAAACUCCUGUCUGGUGCCUCAAGCCAAGCGCAAUUUGUUGCUAAGCCUGCGGCUCCUGCCCCUGCCCGUCCUGCUCCUGCUUCUGCUCCUGUGCGUCCUGCAGUUGUACGUCAGCCUGCCCGACCUGCACUUUCCUCUGCUUCUCAGUUGGCUCUCACCCGUACCGUCUCCGUCAAGACACCUGAAAGAGUCUCCGGUGUCAUCAACCACUUCACUCCCGCCGACCACAGGUACGAGGCCACAGGAUCUGUCACCAUCACCCGAGGCUCAACAAAACAAGCUUCUUCAGCAAGUCAGGCUUCCUUCGGUGCUUCACGUGCAACAAGAGUGAAGUUGCCCCUGCCCCUGCUACCCCUGCCCCUGUUGCCCCUGCACCUCCCCGUAAAGUCUGUAGCUCGACCUUCAAAGACUGCUUCGUCGUCUUCGUCUUCGUCAGCUUCUCAGUUGGCUCUCACCCGUACCGUCUCCGUCAAGACACCCGAGAGAGUCUCUGGUGUCAUCAACCACUUCACUCCCGCCGACCACAGGUACGAGGCCACAGGAUCUGUCACCAUCAGCAGGGGCUCAGGUUCUUCUGGCCGUCAGUCAUCAGUUAAUGCCUUCGGACAAGCUGCAGCCAGUGCCAGCAGACAAGCAGCGGCCUCAGCUUCCUCUGGAUACAGUUCAUCAGCAGGGUCUCAAAGCCAGGCAGCAGCAGCAGGUUUUCAGCGCUCCCAGGCAGCGGCAGCAGCAGCAGCUUCUCAGCGCUCCCAGGCAGCUGCAGCAGCAGCAGCAGCAGCAGAAGCAGCAGCGUUUCAGCGCUCCCAGGUAGCGGCAGCAGCAGCAGAAGCAGCAGCAGCCUCUCGGCGCUCCCAGGCAGCAGCAGCAGCAGCAGCCUCUCAGCGCUCACAAGCAGAAGCAGCAGCCUCUCAGCGCUCCCAGGCAGCAGCAGCAGCCUCUCGGCGCUCCCAGGCAGCAGCAGCAGCAGCAGCCUCUCAGCGCUCACAAGCAGAAGCAGCAGCCUCUCAGCGCUCCCAGGCAGCAGCAGCAGCCUCUCAGCGCUCCCAGGCAGCAGCAGCAGCCUCUCGGCGCUCCCAGGCAGCAGCAGCAGCAGCAGCAGAAGCAGCAGCAGCCUCUCGGCGCUCCCAGGCAGCAGCAGCAGCAGCAGCCUCUCAGCGCUCACAAGCAGCAGCAGCAGCCUCUCAGCGCUCCCAGGCAGCAGCAGCAGCCUCUCGGCGCUCCCAGGCAGCAGCAGCAGCAGCAGCCUCUCAGCGCUCACAAGCAGAAGCAGCAGCCUCUCAGCGCUCUCAGGCAGCAGCAGCAGCCUCUCAGCGCUCCCAGGCAGCAGCAGCAGCCUCUCAGCGCUCCCAGGCAGCAGCAGCAGCCUCUCAGCGCUCCCAGUCAUCAUCAUCGUCUUCAUCAUCUUCGUCUGGUGGAUCCCAGUCCUUUACUUACCGUCUAGCGGCUCCCUAUGAAGGGGGUAGUUCCGUGUCUUCCUCCGACCUACUGGCAGAACUGGAGGAGUUCAGGGCAGAUGCUGCCAGAUCUGGUGUGAAGAUUACCCAAGAUGCUCAGACCAGGCUAGCUGAUAGUGACAGUGGGUCAGACCCGUACAGCUUCAGCGUGCGAGUGGAGGACCACGACAACACCAAUUACCAGAGCAGAGAUGAGUGGGUGGGUGAAGAUGGCAUAACCUACGGCUGGUACACAGUGCUACUCCCUGACGCCUUCAAAUACAACUACUCCUACAUUGCUCACCCAGUUAAAGGCUACCAGGUUAAGGUAACGCGUGUGGACUCUGGUAUCGUGAUGAAGCCCGUUGAAGCAGAUAUCUUCGCCCCUGCCACCAUCUUCUCCAACCAAGGCAUCACCAGGUUCGGUGACUUUGCCAUUUCAGGCAUCAACAACGAUUUCCAGACUGAAGGAAGGAUGGACUUCGAACAGAACGCCGCUGCCACUUUUGCCGAUUCCUUGGCCGAGUCUCUGCAGGUUGGCAGGUCACAAUCAUCGUCAUCAGUGCCUGCAGUUUCAACCGGUCCGGCCAGUCACAUCUGUGGGUACAGAAUUGUCCGAGAAUAUGGAUCAACCAGUUCCCGCACCAUCGCCAUCCCCUCUGGGUCACCUCUCUGUGGCUCCUCAUCAGCAAGUCAGAGUGCAGGUCUCUCCAGUGCUUCAUUCACAGGCCGCUCAUCUGGUGCCUCAAGUAGCAGCGGUUUCACCUCUGGAUCCGCAGCUCAGAGUCAGAGAGCAGGUGGAUCUUCAGCCAGUAGUUUCUCCUCAAAGCAGGCAGCAGCAGGAGCAGCAGCAGGAGCAGCAGCAGGAUCAUCCCGCGCUUCCUCCUCUGGGUCCACAAGCUUCACCUCUGGAUCUUCAAGUUCCUUUAGUUCAUCCUCUAAAAAAGUCUCCUCUGGAUCCUCUGCCUCUUCUGGUUCAACCUCGAGCAAGUUCUCUGGAUCCGGAUCAUCCUCUAAAUUUGGAGCUUCCUCUGGAUUCGGAUCUUCCUCUGGAUUCGGAUCUUCCUCUGGAUCCGGAUCUUCCUCUAAAUUUGGAGCUUCCUCUGGAUUCGGAUCUUCCUCUGGAUCCGGAUCUUCCUCUAGAUUUGGAGCUUCCUCUGGAUCCGGAUCUUCCUCUGGAUCCGGAUCUUCCUCUAAAUUUGGAGCUUCCUCUGGAUUCGGAUCUUCCUCUGGAUUCGGAUCUUCCUCUGGAUCCGGAUCUUCCUCUGGAUCCGGAUCUUCCUCUAGAUUUGGAGCUUCCUCUGGAUUCGGAUCUUCCUCUGGAUCCGGAUCUUCCUCUAGAUUUGGAGCUUCCUCUGGAUCCGGAUCUUCCUCUGGAUCCGGAUCUUCCUCUAAAUUUGGAUCUUCCUCUGGAUUCGGAUCUUCCUCUGGAUCCGGAUCUUCCUCUGGAUCCGGAUCUUCCUCUAGAUUUGGAGCUUCCUCUGGAUUCGGAUCUUCCUCUGGAUCCGGAUCUUCCUCUGGAUCCGGAUCUUCCUCUAAAUUUGGAUCUUCCUCUGGAUUCGGAUCUUCCUCUGGAUCCGGAUCUUCCUCUGGAUCCGGAUCUUCCUCUAGAUUUGGAGCUUCCUCUGGAUUCGGAUCUUCCUCUGGAUCCGGAUCUUCCUCUAGAUUUGGAUUCCUCUGGAUCCUCCUGGAUCCGCUUCCUCUGGAUCUCGGAUCCGGAUCUUCCUCUAAAUUUGGAUCUCUUCCUCUGGAUCCGGAUCUUCCUCUAAAUUUGGAUCUUCCUCUGGAUCCGGAUUCCUCUGGAUCUUCCUCUGGAUCCGGAUCUUCCUCUGGAUCCGGAUCUUCCUCUAGAUUUGGAGCUUCCUCUGGAUCCGGAUCUUCCUCUGGAUCCGGAUCAUCCUCUAAAUUUGGAUCUUCCUCUGGAUCCGGAUCUUCCUCUGGAUCCGGAUCUUCCUCUGGAUCCGGAUCUUCCUCUGGAUCCGGAUCUUCCUCUAGAUUUGGAGCUUCCUCUGGAUCCGGAUCUUCCUCUGGAUCCGGAUCUUCCUCUAGAUUUGGAGCUUCCUCUGGAUCCGGAUCUUCCUCUAGAUUUGGAGCUUCCUCUGGAUCCGGAUCUUCCUCUGGAUCCGGAUCUUCCUCUAGAUUUGGAGCUUCCUCUGGAUCCGGAUCAUCCUCUAAAUUUGGAUCUUCCUCUGGAUUCGGAUCUUCCUCUGGAUCCUCUGGUGCUUCAGGUUCAUUCUCCAGCAGGUUCUCUGGAUCUGCAGGUAGAGGCUCAGGCUCAACUAAGUCUUCAUUCGGUGGAUUCUCCUCUGGAUUCUCAAGUCAAGGCUCUAGUGCAUCCAGCUCUGAAGAGGAAGAAGAAUCAAGCGCUUCUUCUUCCUCAAGUCAAAGCUUUGGUUCAUCAAAGUUCUCAUCUUCAAGGCGAGGUCCUUCCUAUAGCUUCUCCUCUGGUUCUGGCAGUGGAGCCUCUACCUUUGGCGCCCGGUCCUCAUCUGGAGCUUCUCUAACACGCAGAGUUUCAGUCAAAUCACCUGAACGAGUAUCAAAUGUAAUCUCCCACUUUACUCCUGCUGAACAUGUUUAUGAAGCGACUGGUAGUGUGACUAUCGACUCUUCCUCAAGUCAUGAAUCCAUUAGUCCCGCACGGGCUGUGUUUGUGGCCACUCAACCUGCCGUUGCUGCUCGUCCCGCAGUCAGGAAAUCACCAGCUGCUGCUUCAUCUCAGUUGGCUCUCACCCGUACCGUCUCCGUCAAGACACCCGAGAGAGUCUCCGGUGUCAUCAACCACUUCACUCCCGCUGACCACAGGUACGAGGCCACAGGAUCUGUCAUCAUCAACAGGGCUUCAACUAGUCGAGCCUCUUCCAGUGAAUCCAAGGAAGCAAGAGUUAAAUUUACCCCUGCCCCUGUUGCCCCUGCACCUCCCCGUCAAGUCUAUGUAGCUCGACCUUCAAAGACUGCUUCGUCGUCUUCGUCAGCUUCUCGGUUGGCUCUCACCCGUACCGUCUCCGUCAAGACACCCGAGAGAGUCUCUGGUGUUAUCAACCACUUCACUCCCGCCGACCACAGGUACGAGGCCACAGGAUCUGUCACCAUCAACAGGGCUUCAUCUAGUCAAGGAUCCUCCAGUGCUAGACACACCUCAGGGGCUCCAGCUUCUUCUGCUCCUGCUGCCCCAGCCCGCCCUGCCCCAGCCCGUUCUGCCCCAGCGUAUUCCCCCCCGACUGCUGCUCCAGCCCCAUCCCAACUGUCUCUCACCCGUACCGUCUCCGUCAAGACACCCGAGAGAGUCUCCGGUGUUAUCAAUCACUUCACUCCCGCCGACCACAAAUACGAAGCAACUGGCUCUGUCACCAUCAGCAGGUCAUCCUCGGCUUAACUUUAUCUUUACAUAAUAAAGAAACAGACGAGUGCCAUAUGCGUUCAAAAUAAAAUGUCGACACUUAGGCGGUAAAGGUUUAUGGUGUUCGGGAAGCUCACUAAUAUUAUGUAUAAUGUGAUACCCAGAGAUUAUUGUUCAACUUCACGAGCUAUAAUUAAAAAGUAGUUUAAGGAGUAAAUCAGUUGGUGACUUGACAACACAUGGCUGUGUCUAUACCUGUGUCUGUACCUCCCACUAACUGCUGGCUAGUGUCUCCUCCUCUACAGCUUUCCCACACACUCUCUCUUCUUGCAUAGGUGAUGUGAGUCCAUCUCUGCACCUCAUCUUAUACUUUAAUAUAUAUAACGAUAUUAUUUACUAUUUUAGGGCUUUUUCCUUCCUGUUAAUUUAUAAAUGAGCUUCCCAGGUGUUGACCAUUGAUAAAAUGAAUGUGUGUCUGUGCCUCUGAUGACACAAAAAAUGAAAAUACUUAAAUAAUAACUAUUUAUUGAGUGACAUAAGACCCAGGGUAAAUAUUUAUUUAUUGUCCAAUCAUCCUCAUCAUGUAUCGAGAAGAAUGAUCUAAUAAACCACAUUAGAAUGAACAGUUA